CGGUCAUUCCUUUAAAUGCUGCCUCUUGUCACCAUGCUACCGUCCCGCUUAUCGUCCUUUGUACGCCGCUGCGCCUCCACCUCCGCGCGCAACAGCUUCGUGGACCGUUUACGCAACGAGCUGGCGGAGAUCGAGGCUGCUGGCACCUAUAAGAACGAGCGCGUGAUCGCGUCCCCGCAGGGUGCCAAGAUCUCCGUUAACGGUGACACCGUACUCAACUUCUGCGCCAACAACUACCUAGGACUGAGUAACCACCCGGCGGUGGAGAAGGCGGCGGCCGACACGCUUAAAGAGCGCGGCUUCGGUCUCAGCUCUGUUCGCUUCAUCUGCGGCACACAGGACAUCCACAAGCAACUGGAGGAUGCUAUUUCUGCCUUCCACGGUACCGAGGACACCAUCUUGUACCCAUCGUGCUUCGACGCCAACGCUGGACUGUUCGAAGCUGUACUCAACAAGGAGGACGCUAUUAUCACUGAUGAGCUCAACCACGCCAGUAUUAUCGACGGCAUCCGACUUUGCAAGGCCGAGCGUCAUCGCUUCAAGCACAUGGACAUGAACGACCUAGAGCAGAAACUCAAGGACACGCAGCACUGCCGCACUCGACUCAUCGCCACUGAUGGUGUAUUCAGUAUGGACGGUGAUGUCGCUCCACUGCAGGACAUUAUGGCAUUGGCCGAGAAAUACGACGCCCAGCUCUUCAUUGACGAGUGCCACGCCACGGGUUUCUUCGGACCAACAGGCCGUGGUAGUGACGAGUACUGCGGUAUCAACGGAAAGGUGGAUGUCAUUAACUCGACUCUGGGCAAGGCUCUUGGUGGCAGCACAGGAGGUUACACUACCGGCCGCAAGGAGGUCGUGGACCUGCUGCGUCAGCGCUCGCGUCCAUACCUCUUCUCCAACUCGUUGGGUCCAUCGGUGGUCGGCGCUUCGCUCAAGGUCUUUGAGAUGCUCACCGAGUCGUCCGAGUUCGUUGACAAGAUCCGUGCCAACACGCACCACUUCCGCGACCGCAUGACAGCCGCUGGCUAUACUCUCAAGGGCUCUCGUGACCACCCAAUUGCUCCUGUGAUGCUGGGCGAUGCUCGUCUUGCUUCUGAACUGGCUGACGACAUGCUUAAGCGCGGUAUCUACGUCAUCGGCUUCAGCUACCCGGUUGUGCCGAAGGGCCAGGCGCGUAUCCGCGUGCAGCUUUCGGCUGCACACAGCAUCGAAGAUGUCGACAAGGCUGUGGACGCCUUCAUCGAGUGCGGCAAGGCACGCGGUGUCAUCAACUAGACUGCUCCACGAACUAAUUGGAAGUGGUGAUAUUUGUUGAAUCAUCUUCACGGGCUGCUAUUUUCACAAGCGUGGGGAGGUUCUUCGUUUUCGCUAGAACUUCUAGGAUUGCGGUGCCGUUCCUCAAGUUGAUGCUGCAAGACACGCGAUAAAAGAAAAUGAGUUAGCCCACUUCGAUAACGCACCGACAGAAACAAUGUAAACCAAGAGAUAAAAACUAUCAAUGCGCC